CACAAUUUCCAAACAAACAUUUCCCAAACAAAUCCACGAGGUGGUGCACACAUGAAAGAAUGGCUGACUUUCUUCAUGGAACAAAAACCAUUAAUUCCGACGAAGAGCUUAGUCUUGACGAUGAGGAGGAAGUAGAGAAAGAAGAAUCACAUAUGAAAGGUAAAAAAAAGAAGAAGACAAAGAUUCCAUCUGAUUUUAACAAUGAAUUUAAUAUGGUAUUUGAGAAAUCUGAUGGUUCAGAUAUGUGGCGAAUCCAUGGUGAUAUCAAAAGUAAAGCAAAGGGAUUGGUAUCAUCUGAAAUUCUAGAAGAAAAAAUAAAAGCAAAACGUCGUGAAAGAAAGAUCAAUACACUAAAGGAAAAUAAAGACAGUGAGAAUAAUGAGCAUGAAAAGGAAUCGGUAGUAAAAAAAGAAAAUGAAGAAAUACAAGAAUCAGACGAUGAAGAUGAUGUUGAUUUUAGCGAAAGUGAAAAUGAAAGUGAGCCAGAAAGAGAAAAUGGUGAUUUUUUUGAACAAGCUCCAAAACAAGUUAAACACGAAAGCUUUGUACAGAUGAAUCUAUCCCGGCCAUUGUUGAAGGCUCUAAAUACACUUGGUUUUUUACAUCCAACACCAAUUCAGUUAUCUACAAUACCAUUAGCUUUACUUGGGAAAGACAUUUGUGCGUGUGCUACCACUGGUUCUGGUAAAACUGCUGCUUUUAUGCUACCCAUACUUGAACGCUUACUAUUUAAACCAAAACAAUCUAGUGUAAGCAGGGUACUUGUGUUAGUGCCAACAAGAGAGUUAGCUAUACAGGUUCAUUCAGUAAGCUUAUCUCUUGCAAAACAUACAAAUGUACAGAUAUGUAUUGCCACUGGUGGGCUAGAUUCCAAAACACAGGAAGCUAACCUGCGAAAGUCACCGGAUAUUAUCAUUGCUACACCUGGUCGAUUGAUUGACCACUUACAUAAUGCACCUUCCUUUGAUCUUCAGACGAUUGAAAUACUGGUUCUAGAUGAAGCUGACAGAAUGUUAGAGGAACACUUUAAAGAUCAAAUGAAAGAGUUGAUUCGAUUAUGUCCUAGAGGUCGACAAACAAUGCUGUUUUCAGCUACUAUGACAGAUGAGGUAGAAGAAUUGGCUUCACUGUCACUGAAUCGACCUGUCAAGUUGUUUGUUGAUCAUAAUACAGACGUGGCGAAGAGUUUACACCAAGAGUUUGUACGAAUCAGAGAAAACAGAGAAGCUGAUAGACUGGCAAUUGUAACAGCUUUGUGCUGCCGUUCUUUUAAUGAUCACACCUUAAUCUUUCUACAAACCAAACGGUUAGCUCACAGACUGCGCAUUAUUCUGGGUUUGUUUGGUUUAAAAGCUGCAGAACUUCAUGGCGAUCUAACACAAUUACAGCGUAUAGAAGCGCUUGAAAAAUAUAAAAACAACGAUGUUGAUAUUCUUGUCGCAACAGAUCUUGCUGCAAGAGGGUUGGACAUCGCUGGUGUUAAAACGGUUAUAUCAUAUAACAUGCCGACCACUAUAAAAAGUUAUAUCCAUCGGGUAGGAAGAACAGCUCGAGCUGGGAAGGUUGGGAAAUCAAUAACUUUAGUCGGUGAGAAGGAACGUAAAAUGUUGAAGGAGGUUGUCAAAAAUGCGCAUGUUCCUGUUAAAAACAGAAUUAUAUCACAAGAAGUUGUGCUUAAAUACAAACAGAAACUGGAAGAAUUGGAGAAAGACAUCAAAGAUUUGUUAAAGCAAGAAGAAGAAGAAAAGGAGUUGCGUAUUGCAGAAAUGCAAGCCACCAGAGCUCAUAAUUUAAUUGUACAUCGAGAUAAAAUUCUGAGUCGUCCAGCUCGAACAUUCAUCAAAACUACAAAAGACAAAAAUACCAAAGAGAAAAAAUCAAAAAAUUCGGUCAUAUCAGCGGAAGACAGAAAAAUUGCAAAAGAACAAGAAUUUCAGAAACGUACUAUGAAACGCGAGAGAAAACCGAAACGUAUUCGUGCAUGUGACGAAAACGAUAAUCCGAAAACGAAAACUAAAGGUUCAAAGAAAGCAAAACUUGUUCCCGCCAAAACUUCAUUUUCAAAAGAACUAACAGACACAAGUCGACGUGGUUUGAAAGCACUACGUAGCACGGAACAUAUUCCCAAAAAGAAAAAAGUGGCCGGUGGCUUUAAAUCAAAAAAUAAAUAUCGUAGACGGUGAAACCCGACGCCUGCUAUCAUAAAUUUAAUUUGCAAAAAAACUCCGAUAUUUUAUAUGCAGUCAGUGUAUCAUUCUCCGCAGUGAAUAAAAUCGUAUUUUCUAUGAA